UCCUACUCCCCACGAGUUAAGACAAAACAUUAGUCAACUCGUCAUAAUCAAUUGUAUAAAUACUUUGAUUGAUCACUUCAAAAUAUAUUGCUGCUUUGACCUUAAACCCUAGAUUCUGUGUCGUGAACUACGUUCAAAAUUCAUGAGAAUGUUGGAUUGAUACGCACAACACAUUCCACAGUUAAUCACCACUAGUUAGUUCCAUUGCAUCAUAAAAGUUGCAUAGUCAGCAUGAACGAGAGAGGACCAAUGAACUUAGAAGAAGGAUGGGGCUUGAUGCAGAGAGGCAUAACAAAGUUAAAGAACAUUCUAGAAGACCUUCCCGAGUCGCCAUUCAGCUCAGAGGAAUACAUGAUGUUCUAUCAACUCGUGUUCAACAUGUGCACGCAGAAACCGCCACAUGAUUACUCUCAACAGUUGUAUGACAAGUAUCGCGAGUCUUUUGAAGACUACAUUACUUCAACGGUGUUACCAUCCUUAACAGAGAAACAUGAUGAGUUCAUGCUCAGGGAGUUUGUGAGAAGGUGGUCAAAUCAUAAAGUCAUGGCUUUGUGGCUUUCACGAUUUUUCCACUACGUUGAUCGCUACUUUAUCUACCGUAGAUCUCUUCCGACACUAAAUGAAGUUGCAUUUGCUUGUUUCCGUGAUCUGGUGUACCGAAAGGUGAAAGGGAAGGUGAGAGAUGCAGUAAUAUCUCUGAUCGAUCAAGAGCGUGAAGGCGAGCAGAUUGACGAAUCUUUACUGAAGAACGUUCUAGAUAUAUUUAUUGAGAUGGGAAAGGGACAGAUGGAGUUCUAUGAGAACGAUUUUGAAUCAUCCAUGCUAAAAGAUACAGCAGCGUACUAUUCGCGCAAGGCUUCAAACUGGAUCUCAGAAGAUUCUUGUCUAGAUUAUAUGCUCAAAGCAGAGGAGUGUUUGAAAAGGGAAAAGGACAGAGUUUUAAUCUAUCUUCACGUCAGCAGUGUGCCAAAGCGGCUCGAGAAAGUUCAACAUGAGUUGUUAACUGUUUAUGCAACUCAAUUGCUUGGAAACGAACAAUCUGGUUUUCAUGCAUUGCUCAGAGAUGACAAGGUUGAUGAUUUAUCAAGGAUGUACAGACUCUUUUCAAUGAUACCCCGGGGACUAGAACGUGUAUCUAGUAUGUUUAAGCAGUAUGUCACUGCUGAAGGUACAACAUUGGUUAAGCAAAUAGAGGAUGCUGUAAGUAACAACAAGGCUGAAAAGAGAGAUAUGGUUGGUUUGCUAGAACAGGUUUUUGUUAGAAAAGUGCUUGAACACCAGGAUAAGUACUUGACAUACGCACUUGGAGAAACAUUUGAAAUCUUCUGCAAUAAGAUCAUUGCUGGAAGUUCAAGUGCAGAGGUACUUGCUACGUAUUGUGAUAAUAUUCUUAAGAAAGGUGGUAGUGAUAAAUUGAGUGAUGAAGCCGUUGAAGAUACAUUUGAGAAGGUUGUUAGGCAGCUUGCCUACAUCAGUGAUAGAGAUCUAUUUGCAGUAUUUUAUAGGAAAAAACUUGCUCGGCGGUUUUUGUUUGACAAGAGUGCCAAUGAUGAGCAUGAGAGAAGUAUCCUAACAAAGAUGAAACAACACUUUGGCGGUCAUUUCACGUCAAAGAUAGAGGGAAUGUUUACUGAUUUAGCAUUGGCAAAAGAAUACCAAUCCCACUUUGAGGAGUACUUGAGCGAUAAUUCAAAUGUUAGCCCUGGGAUUGACUUGACCGUUACUGUGUUGACAACUAGCUUCUGGCCAAGUUACAAAUCCUUUGACUUAAAUCUACCAGCAGAAAUGGUGAAGUGUGUUGAAGUUUUCAGAGAUUUUUAUGAAACAAAAACAAAGCACAGGAAACUAACAUGGAUAUAUUCACUGGGUACCUGCAACAUAAACGGGAAAUUUGAACCAAAAACUUUGGAGCUCAUUGUCACAACCUACCAGGCUUCUGCACUCCUAUUGUUCAACUCAUCAGACAGAUUGAGUUACCAAGAAAUUAUGAGUCAGUUGAACUUGUCAGAUGACGUUGUCGUUAGGCUGCUCCAUUCUCUGUCAUGUGCAAAAUAUAAAAUUCUUAUCAAGGAGCCAAACACUAAAACAGUCUCUCCAACUGAUAUAUUUGAAUUCAACUCAAAGUUCACAGAUAAGAUGAGGAGGAUAAGGAUUCCUCUACCUCCUGUGGAUGAGAAGAAGAAGGUAAUUGAGGAUGUUGAUAAGGAUAGACGGUAUGCAAUUGAUGCUUCACUUGUGAGAAUCAUGAAAAGCAGGAAAGUGUUGGGAUACCAGCAGUUGGUUAUAGAGUGUGUUGAACAGUUAAGCAGCAUGUUUAUGCCUGAUGUAAAAGCAAUAAAGAAGAGGAUUGAAGAUCUCAUAACUCGUGACUAUCUUGAAAGAGACAAGGACGACCCAAACAUUUUCCGGUACUUGGCAUGAUUCUGGUUGGCUGUGAUGGUCACGGAUACAUUACACUUGCAUAUAAGCUUUACUUGACAUGUUCUAUUGCUCGAUAUGUGAUGGGAAUCUGUUGAAAAAGAAAAGGUAACAGACAGGAUUUGGUAUAAAUAUAACUUGGUCAAUUUAUAUGGUUAAGCAUGGCUCAACCAUUUUGGGACCCAAAGCAAUGUAUAAAUUUGAGGGCCUUUCCCAUGUACUUUUUUGCCUACAAUCCUAACAUGCUGAUAUACAUGAUGACAUUAGCUAA